UUUUCAAAUCGGAUUUUGAAUUACAUUGUACUAACAUUUUCUUAGAAAAAUUUAACCCAAGCACCUCAGUCUAUUUAUUGAUCCGAAUGACGAGCUGAGUAUACAAAAGAUAUACUACGAUAUUCUUAUGAAACUUGACGGCUGGAGCCAGUACACAGACUGAAGUUGACCAGAAUAACAGUUUCCAUAAAAACUAUUGGUCGAAAAAUCAGAUAUUAUAUAGCUGACGGGAGCCAACGAUGGAGCAGUGAGUUUGGCAUGAAGACAAUGAGUUUAUCAAAACUUGGCUAGUUAAGUUUACGAGCUUACGAGCUUUUUAUAUUUUUGAAUUAAUUACUUGCAACUUAACAGAUCGAGAAAUUCGUUGAAAUUAUGUAUGUCCUCGUAUACGUGAUGGACGAAAAACGAAACUUUCGUUUCAGAACGCCUCUUGUAUUUGUGUAAAAUACCGUUACUUUUGGCAUUAGCUCGCUUUGAAUCGACUGGUCACACUGCUGCUGUCUCUGCCUACAUAUGCCGUAUUUACAGUUAGUUUGUUCGUCGUCUUUGUCGCGUUCGCAUGCAAGCUUUCGUGUGGAGCUUGUUUUUGUGUUUUUAGAAGUUCAACGAAUUUCCGAUUUUUCGAAGUGCAGGCACACGUACAAAAACAUUGCCAAAUAUUUUUUUUCAAGUGCUUGGAGUUCCUCUCGUACAGCUGUUGGAACCAUUAAGUUCAAUUGAAAGCAACCACGAAUAAGCUGCGACGAGCAUCAGUUAAAACGCGUUUUCCGAACGGGCUGCAGCAGGACGCGCAACGCCGGGCAGUAGGACAAACGGAGGUCUGACACAAAUGCGUCUAAUCAACAAAAUCGAAUGUUUGCCGCAACCGCUGAGCGUGAUACGGGCUAACUAGAGUGCGGACAGAGACCCAUAAUUGGCCCCAGCUGCUGGACAUUCAAUAGCAGGAGCAGUACUUAAAGUCCAAAGCAGUCGCAACCAAGGCCGUCAAAUUGGAAGGAAAACGCCUUUUCACGGCAGUUAACAAGUUUUUAACUGGUUCAACCAUUGCUCGUGAGCUGAGGCAGCUAAUGACGAGGAACGCGCCGCUUAGUGGCGAUGAACCCGACGAGGAGCAGUUGGCGGAGGGCACAGACGACGAGCAGGAGCAGCAGGAGCAGCAGCCGGCUGUUGGCCCAGAACGGCACAAAAACGAACUGCAGGGACAGCAGCCAGCGGCAAAGCCACCGCAACGUCGUCAAAGACAACGCAAGAAAGUGAUAACCCAACAGAAACAACAACAGCAGCAGCAACAACAACCACGUGGAGCUAGCAAUGCCGCCUCCGAUGCGGAUACGGACUCCAGCUCGUGCGAGGCGGCCAGCGGCGGCACGACUUCGGGCGCAACCCGGCACAGCUCUCGAGUCAGCUAUGCGCAGCGGAAUCUCGGCGAGCAAGUGGUCUACGAGCAGUAUAACGACGAAGAUGCAGAUGACUACGACGAGGAGGAGGAAGAGGAGGAGGAGGAUGGGGAGGACUACGAUGACUACGAGCAGCUAGCCACGCAGCGUGCACCCUUGAAAGCAGCGCUAAGCGUGCGAGCAACUGCACCAGCUGGCAAAGCUGCAGUAGAUAUGGGCACUGAGACUGGAACAUUGCGGAGCAAGCGCAAAGCGAAAACACGCCAAUUCUCGCAGCGGGCCAGCUCCUAUGCGGUAGAUGCCGGCCAUGGCGAGGCGGAUGCGGAUGCGCUGGACAAGCGUCGGUGCAUCUCGAAAGGACAAAUGCGUGAGUUCCGUGAGGCAUUUCGUCUGUUCGACAAGGAUGGCGACGGCUGCAUAACCAAAGAGGAGCUGGGCACAGUUAUGCGCUCGCUGGGACAAUUUGCGCGUGUCGAGGAGCUGCAGGAGAUGCUGCAGGAGAUUGAUGUGGACGGUGACGGCAAUGUCAGCUUCGAGGAGUUCGUCGACAUACUCUCCAACAUGACUUACGAGGACAAGUCGGGCCUAUCCUCGGCUGACCAGGAGGAGCGCGAACUGCGCGACGCCUUUCGUGUCUUCGACAAGCACAAUCGUGGCUACAUAACCGCCUCCGACCUACGUGCCGUGCUGCAGUGUCUGGGCGAGGAUCUCGACGAGGAAGACAUUGAGGACAUGAUCAAGGAGGUGGAUGUGGAUGGGGAUGGACGCAUUGAUUUUUAUGAGUUUGUACACGCACUCGGUGAGCCGGAGGACUCGCAGGAGAACGAUGACGAGGAGGAGAACACUACAUCACCGCUGCCCACGCCAAAGUCGACGGUCUCGCUGAGCUACGAUUGAGCUUCACAUCCAUAUUCAUAUUGGCGAGAACAACUUUUCAGAUAUCAAAUGCCAUUUGCUCCUUACGCACAGCUAAACGAAUUCCAAUGAAUAAUACACAAGUAAUUCCAAUAAUAAUUAAUAGAAAAAAAUCAAAAAAAAAAAAAAAAAAAAUACUUUACUUUAUGUGCAUUGGGCCACAGCAUUAAAAAUAUAAAUAUUAUACAGAUGCCAAGCAAGCUCACAUAAAUUUAAUUAUA